CCAAGGGACCCGCCCCGAGCUACCCCAGCGGCCGGAUCUUUCCCGCGGGGCCGCGUCUCGUUCUCCUCAGGCUUCUGAACCGCGCCCCGCCCCGCCCCCCCCCUACGGGCUGAGGGGCGCCGCGGCACCAGCCCCGCCCCGGUCAGGGCCUCCGGGCCGCGCCCCUCCGGCUCCCCCUCCCCCUCCGGCCGGCGGCUCCCCGGGCCGCGCCCCUCCCCUUGCCGCGUCCCCCCGCCGCCUCGCGGAGCGGGGGAAUGGGCGGUCCCGGCCCUUAGCCCCCUCCCGCCCCCGCCCCCCAGCUGCGGCUGCUCCGAGCGUCUGGCCGGCUCCGCCCGGUGCGAGGGGCGCUGGUGGGGUCCCCCGGGGCUGCGAGUGCCGAUCCCGUCCCCUUGCCCAGCAGCCAUGUCCGGGGUGGUGCGGACCCUGAGCCGCUGCCUGCUGCCGGCCGAAGCCAGCAGCCGCGGGGAGCCGCGGCGGGAGGGCAAGGAGCGGAGCCGGGACGCGGAGCGGGAGGCGCGGCGGCGGAGCCGGGAGAUCGACGCGAUGCUGGCCCGGGAGCGGCGGGCCGUGCGCCGCCUGGUCAAGAUCCUGCUGCUGGGCGCCGGCGAGAGCGGCAAGUCCACCUUCCUCAAGCAGAUGCGGAUCAUCCACGGCCGCGAGUUCGACCAGAAGGCGCUGCUGGAGUUCCGGGCCGUCAUCUACGAGAACGUGGUCAAGGGCUGCAAGGUUCUCGUUGAUGCACGGGACAAACUAGGGAUUCCUUGGCAGUACACGGAGAACGAGAAGCAUGGAAUGUUUUUGAUGGCUUUUGAAAACAAAGCUGGAAUGUCUAUAGAGCCUGCCACAUUCCAGUUGUAUGUACCUGCACUGAGCGCACUGUGGAGGGAUUCUGGGAUCAAGGAAGCUUUUAGCCGUCGGAGUGAGUAUCAGCUGGGUGAAUCGGUGAAAUACUUCCUGGAUAACCUGGAUCGGAUUGGCCAGCUGAAUUAUUUCCCCAGCAAACAAGAUAUUUUGUUGGCCAGAAAAGCCACCAAGGGAAUCGUAGAGCAUGACUUCAUCAUUAAAAAAAUCCCUUUCAAGAUGGUGGAUGUGGGUGGACAGAGGUCUCAGCGUCAGAAGUGGUUCCAGUGCUUUGAUGGGAUAACUUCUAUUUUGUUCAUGGUUUCCUCCAGUGAAUAUGACCAGGUUCUCAUGGAAGACAGACGCACAAACAGACUGGUGGAGUCCAUGAACAUCUUUGAGACAAUAGUCAAUAACAAGCUCUUCUUUAAUGUUUCUAUCAUCCUAUUCCUGAACAAAAUGGAUCUCCUUGUAGAGAAAGUAAAGACAGUCAGCAUUAAGAAGUAUUUCUCAGACUUCAAGGGUGAUCCUCACAGGCUAGAUGAUGUUCAGCGUUACUUGGUGCAGUGUUUUGACAGAAAGCGGCGGAACCGCAGUAAGCCACUCUUCCAUCAUUUCACAACUGCCAUAGACACUGAAAAUAUCCGCUUUGUGUUUCAUGCAGUGAAGGACACAAUCCUUCAAGAGAAUCUGAAGGAUAUUAUGUUGCAGUGAAGAAGAGCACCCCUUGUCGUGUUGAAAUCUACCCGAGGUUAUAAGUCAAAGCUUUUAUUUGAUCUUUUUGGCUCUUGCAUGUGGUUUUAGGACCCAUGCUAUUCACUUGGCUCAGGAAUGCUGAAACUAGCCAGUCAUGGAGGCAGGAGGAGUCAAACAUUGAUGUUAGCUACUGAAUCAUUUGGACGAGUAACACUACUGAAAAAAGUGGCCGUUGUAGGGUUUGACACCUAGUUUGGAAUGUUGAAUAACACAAUCACCUUCCUAUCUUAGAAAAAUCUAACUGACAAACUAUGUAAGGAAGACUUUUAAUGAAAACUGUUGUUUUGCAAGGACAGUAACUGUACAGACUGCCUUUCUCUGUAGUUUGGAGGUGCUGAGUUAACCAGUCAAACUAAUGUAAAUUAUAAUGAGGUUGGUAGUUGUACUAGAGAAUAAAUGGCAAUAUAUUAAUCACAA